AUGAGUAAAAGACAACGUCAUGAUGAGGAUGAUGAUGACGGUAGUGAGGUAGAUUCAGGUCAACUAAUCAGUGAAUCCUUUUCACCAAUUUUCUGCAACACUCCUCCUUGCAGAGAGUUGAAAUUCAGCUCCUAUGAAAUGUACGAGUCUCACAUCCUUUCCAACCAUUCACACAAAUGCAGCGAGUGUAAGAAAAGGUUCCCGAGUGAAUUUAUGUUGGAAUUGCAUAUCGAAGAAAACCACAAUCCAUUUUUUACAAUAAAGAAGGAAAAAGGUGAAAAGGUAUACAGAUGUUUUGAGUCCACUUGUUCUAAGGUAUCACUGGAAAGAAGAAAGAGAAGAUUGCAUAUGAUAGAUAAACACGGAUAUCCCAAAAACUACAGAUUCAAUAUCGUCGAUACUGGCUUAAAUAAGACCACUUCGUUAUUAAGGUGA